UAUUUACUAAAUGACUGAAUCCUAUAUAUCUCUAUGCAAACGGUUUCUCUCUCCCUAUCUACUUCAUACAUCAAUCUCUACCGCAUCCAAAAGCAUAUAUCUCUAGCAAGCAAAAAUCUAAAUAUCAUGUCCACUCACAUAUAUACAUAACCUAAACGUGCAAUAUAUACAUAUUUAUAUUUAUUUGUUGGCUGUGAGAGCAUCAAUCAUCAUGGAUGAUGAUAUGUAUAACUUCCACUCCACAUCCAGUUACACAACAUCACCAGAAAACUACCUGAUUUCAGAUAACCUCAUCUUUCACUCAUCUGUCCAUCCGUUUAGCGGAUCCGCUGAUUUCUCAGUAGUAACGGAUUCGGCUUCGAUUGAAACCACUCCGGAUCAGAUCAUUCUUCCGAGACGUCGAAUCAACCGACCACAAAUUGAUGAUCAUGCUUCUGCCGAUGCAAUCAAGGAGAGAAUUGCAUCUCAUCCUUUGUAUUCGACACUGCUCGACGCUUAUAUCGACUGUCAGAAGGUGGGAGCGCCACUUGAAGUAGCGCACUUGUUAGACGAUAUUCGUCACGAAAACGAUAUUCAUAGACGAAACGCUACCGCCUUUAACUGCUUAGGACUCGAUCCUGAUCUCGACGAGUUCAUGGAAACUUUCUGCAAUUUAUUGUUGAAGUAUAAAUCUGAUCUCACUAGGCCUUUUGAUGAAGCCACUGUCUUCCUCAGUAACAUUGAAACGCAGCUCCGCAAUAUCGCCAUAGAUGAAGGUGGCAAUAUUUCAUCAGAAGAAGAAGUUAUAAGUGGAGGAGAGACGGCGGAUAGCACACAGGAACUGAAGGAUAAGUUGUUGCGUAGAUUCGGAGGUCGUCGUAUAAGUUCCCUAAAGCAGGAAUUUACAAAGAAGAAGAAAAAAGGGAAGCUCCCAAAGGAGGCAACAAGAACAUUACUUGCUUGGUGGAAUUCACAUAAUAAAUGGCCUUAUCCUACUGAGGCCGAUAAAAUAGCGUUAGCGGAAACAACAGGAUUAGAUCCGAAGCAAAUCAACAACUGGUUUAUAAAUCAACGGAAGCGACACUGGAACCCGUCAGAAAGCUUGCAGUUAGCCAUCAUGGGUGGUCUUCCUGUUCCUGACCAGUAUAUUAAUAACGACUAAAAUACGCUUAUUUUGCAUGCAUGUAUAUACAUUCUCAACUAAUUAAACACACUGUAUUUAUAUAUAAACUAUAAAUUAUGGAUUCUUUUUCUAAACAUCA